CUUGUGGUGACGUCCUCGAUAUUCUGCGAAUAGUGAAAAAACAAAUUAAAUAUUAAAUAUAGUAUUUAAUUUUUGAUAGCAGCUCAAAAUGUCUACGGAUAAAUUGCCUGCUGGGCAGGAACAAAUCGAUUGUGAAUCAGCAUUUAAAGAGAGGAAAAUAGCUCUUAUUACCGGUAUAACCGGUCAGGAUGGAUCCUAUUUAGCAGAGUUUCUGCUGGACAGAGAUUAUGAAGUGCAUGGUAUCAUUCGUAGAGCAAGUACCUUCAAUACAUCCCGAAUUGAACACCUGUACGCGGAUCCACACACGCACAAACAGGGUAAAAUGAAGUUACAUUAUGGUGAUAUGACCGACAGCAGCUGUCUGGUUAAGAUUAUUUCUGCCGUUCGACCGACCGAAAUAUACAACCUAGCGGCACAGAGUCAUGUUAAGGUUUCGUUCGAUUUAAGUGAAUAUACCGCUGAGGUGGAUGCUGUAGGCACUCUCCGAUUAUUAGAUGCUAUUCGAACUUGUGGGUUAGAGAAAAUGGUGCGCUUCUACCAAGCUAGUACUUCGGAACUAUACGGUAAAGUUGUCGAAACUCCACAAAAUGAAAAGACUCCUUUUUAUCCACGUUCACCAUAUGCCUGCGCUAAAAUGUAUGCUUACUGGAUAGUGAUUAAUUAUCGUGAAGCAUAUGAUAUGUUUGCAUGCAACGGGAUUUUAUUCAAUCACGAGUCGCCUCGCCGAGGAGAGAAUUUUGUUACACGUAAAAUUACACGGUCGGUAGCUAAGAUUUAUUUGAAUCAAUUGGAAUGCCUUGAGCUAGGUAAUUUGGAUUCGAAACGAGAUUGGGGACACGCUAAAGAUUACGUUGAAGCAAUGUGGUUGAUGCUGCAACUGGAUCAGCCCCAAGAUUACGUGAUUGCAACGGGAGAGUGCCACUCUGUACGUGAAUUUGUAGAAGCAUCAUUUAGAGUCAUCGGCCGUGAAAUAGAAUGGCGAGGGAAAGGAGUUGAAGAAAUCGGCUUAGAAAAAGGAACUGAGACCGUACGCAUUAGAGUAAAUGCAAAGUAUUUUCGUCCAACGGAGGUAGAUUCUUUGCUUGGUGAUGCAAGCAAAGCAAAGGCGGAAUUGGGUUGGACACCUAGGACAUCCUUUCUUAAUUUGGUUGCUGAUAUGAUGAAGGCAGACAUUGAGUUAAUGAAACGCAACCCAAGUGCUUGAAUGGCUUAAAAUGAGUAUUUAAGUAUGGGCCAUUGACCCAUUAAACUACAAAUCUUCAUUGUGUGGUCGUGUGAUUAACUUUGAUGUAAAGUUCUACAUUCCACAUACAUGCAUAAAAAUUCGAGUGACGAGUCAGCAGCAUCAGUUGAAUUUAGUUCCUACUGCAUAAAAGUUUAAAUGAAUUUGUUACGAUUCUUUAUGACAUAAAGUUCUAAGGUAUUCUUUUAAAAGAGAUGAAAAUUUGAAUUAUUCAAAGCAUUUUUAUGUCUACCAAAAAGUUUUUAUUUGUGUAUCAUGUAAUAAUAAUGAAUAACAUUUUCUGAUAAGUUUUAACGAUGAUUUUAAACUAAAUAGUUAUGUAUUAUAUAGUAUUCCAUUAUCAGUUUAGACAAUAACGUUGAGUUAAUCGAAUAAAAAUGCUACCUUCCAAACUAGAUUCCUGGCAAUUGUCCACCAAUUCAAAUCAAUUCUUUAUGUAUCCAAACACUGCGUAAGCACAUUUUCACUUUAAAGGCCUCUCCGAUUCUUGAUGGUAGCUUUUAACGCGAGAAAAGUACAGCGGCGGGUAUUUUGUGGGAGCAAGAUCAAAAAUAGUCGUUUUUUCUUGAUUAUUACGAACUUGUAUCAUCUGAAAAAA